AUGGGUUCGGUUGGAAACAACUUCCCAUAUCGCAUUGGUGUGGAUGUCGGCGGCACCAACACGGAUGCAGUCAUCGUCGACACAACCGCCCAGGACAGAGCCAAAUGCGUGGUAUCCGCUCACAAAACUCCCACGACCUCACCCAAUGUGACUGCUGGAAUAGAAAUUGCAGUCAGACAUGUUCUCGAGGAGUCAAAGGUCCCUUUAGAACAGAUCUCCUCUCUAGCGAUCGGAACAACGCAUUUCAUCAACGCCAUCAUCGAGCACGACCACCGCCAUCUCUCGCAAGUGGCGGUCAUUCGCCUCUCAAAGUGUUUCACCAGAGAAAUUCCUCCGUUUUCUGAUUUUCCCACUUCGUUGAAGAACUUGAUAUACGGGUGGCAUACAUUCGUGGAUGGGGGUCUUCAUAUCGAUGGCAGCGAAGAAGCGGCAAUUGUUGAACAGCAGAUUAUCGACGCUUGUUCAACUAUCAAGGAAAGGGGAAUUAACGCAGUUGUUGUCUGUGGUGUCUUCUCGCCUCUUGAUGGAACAUUCCAUCAAGAAGAUCGAGUACGCACCAUCAUCCAACAAACAUUACCUGGCGUGAGUGUCGUAUGCUCAUCUGAGAUUUCCAACUUGGGCUUUUUGGAAAGAGAAAAUGCUUCAAUUCUCAAUGCUUCAAUCCACAAAUUUGCACAAAGAACAGUCGCGGAGUUUCGUAUCGCUAUGAAAAGGCUCGAUCUGCGAUGCGCACUGUACCUCACUCAAAAUGACGGCACUUUGAUCGACGCUGCAUCAGCUGCUCGCCUUCCGAUCCGUACCUUUUGCUCAGGACCGACAAACUCAAUGAGAGGUGCAGCAUACCUGAGUGGGCUAUAUAAUGACGAUACAAUGAAUGAGUCUUCUAUCGUAUGCGAUAUUGGCGGGACUACCGCAGAUGUAGGUGUCCUGUUACCCUCUGGAUAUCCUCGCCAAUCCCUAGCCAACAUCUCCAUUGCUGGCGUCAGGGUCAAUUAUGGCAUGCCUCAAGUCGAAUCUAUCGGCAUCGGUGGUGGGUCAAUCGUUCGACAGGAAAGUGGGAAGAUUACCCUUGGCCCUGACUCAGUCGGAUAUGCUAUCAAAGAAAAGGCAUUGAUCUUUGGAGGGAACACUAUUACCGCAACAGACAUAGCGAUGGCUUCUGGGGCUGCGAUCGGUGGACAUGAUACCCUUUCUUUGAGCUCACUAAGUUCCCUGGAUGCAAACACUAUUCAGCAGGCACAAAGAUCCAUCCAGAAACAGUUAGAGCGAGUCAUUGACCUGGUAAAGACGUCACCAAAGCCUCUGGACCUCAUCAUGGUCGGGGGUGGCUCGAUCAUUGCAACGGAUAACCUGGAAGGAGUGAGGGCCACUAUUCGGCCGCCUCAUUAUGAUGUUGCAAAUGCUGUUGGGGCGGCCAUGUCGAGAGUCAGUGCCACUGUCGACAUUAUCCAGAACAUUUCAGGGACCAGUGUCAAAGAGGCACUUGCCCAUGCUGCUACUCUUGCCACGGAGAAAGCGAUCAUCAAUGGGGCAGACCCUGCGACCAUAAUGAUAUCAGAACAGGAAUCAUUGCCCCUACAAUACUUGGAUAACCGCGUAAGGACUAUCGUCAAGGUUGUUGGUGACUUCAUUCCCAUUCAGGCGCUCUUGUGUAACAUGCCUGUGGAGGAAAAGGACCUGGAGUUCGAAAAUGAGCCUGUGUUGGACGAAAAAUGUUCCCGGCCCUCUGUAGAAGCUGAAGACUUCGACAUUGACGCCUAUAUACCGCUCAUACAGCCUAACGAUAAGAACGGCAAGCUAGAAUGGUUGGUCUCAACCAUUGACCUGGAUUGGUUGUGCGACGGAUGUUACGUACUUGGCUGUGGUGGUGGCGGGACACCAUAUCCAGAGACUCUUAAACUCAAACGACUUCUCAAUGAAGGAUAUAGAUUUAGUAUCGUGGACGUGGACGAUUUGGAAUCUGAAUCCCGCAUAUACUGGGCAGGAAACAUGGGUUCUCCAGCAGUUCCACAGGAGAGACUUUGUGCAAAUGAGUCCGUCGAAGCAAUCAAGGAGAUGAUGGACUACUACCGACAAGAUUCUUUUGAUGCCCUUAUAGGUCUAGAGAUCGGAGGCUCGAACGGGCUGUUACCCCUAAGCAUGGGUUCCUCAAAGCAUUUCGAUCGACCAGUUGUGGAUGCUGACUGGAUGGGCCGUGCAUAUCCCAACCUGUGGCAAGUCACAGUCGCCGUGCACGAGAGCAACCAGAUUGUGCCAUGUGCGAUUUCAUCCGGUGAUGGUAGGGCGCUGAUAAUGACCAAGUCCUCAGACGACGAAGCUAUCGACCGAACUUUAAGAGCGCCUGCGAUCGAGAUGGGUUACUAUGUAGGUCUCGCGGCGAAGCCCACAAACACUGAACUUGUACAAAAAUGGAGCAUCAGGAACACAAUGUCCCAAGCGUGGAGAAUAGGUCGCUGCAUUGCCAGAGCAAAAAAGGCGAACACAAUCAACACCGUUGCGGAACAAAUCGUGCAUGAAGUGGGAGGUCCAUCCACUGCGAAAAUUUUGUUCCGCGGUAAGAUUAUCGGAGUCGAAAGACGCCUAUGCAAAGGCCACUCGCACGGUGAAGUUGUCAUUCAAGCUGUCUCCUCAGAGGAAGGUGAUCCGAUUGAUUCCAAGUCAAUCUCUGCCGUGGUUGAAGGUGGAACGUUACGCAUUCCAUUUAUGAAUGAAAAUCUACUGGCAGAGCAUCACCAUGGCGAUAGUUCAAUGGAAGUCAUUGCAUCAGUUCCCGAUCUGAUAACUGUUUUGGACGCUCAGACUGGAAAGGCUUUGGGCAUUCCCGAGUACAAGUACGGGGUUGUCGUUACCGUCUUGGGAAUUACGUGCUCACCUAUCUGGGGCAAGACAGAGGCUGGGAUAAGAAAAGGAGGACCUUCGGCCUUCGGGUUCGACAAUGUCACUUAUAAACCAUUGGGUGUCUAUCGAGAACCCCUGAGUGUUAUUCGCGAGUCUAGAGCGACUCAUUCGCGGCAGGAUUCGUUCGGGAGUAUGCAGUUAAUAAGCGCGUGA